GUCGGGUCUGAUUGUGCCUGCAGCGUGUUGAAGGCGAACAUUUCAAAGUUGUUUGCUGGAGCCACAUAAGACUCAUGACAGUCGCCUUUGAUGCCUAGUGCGGCAGGCAGAGUCUGCAGGAUCUUGACUGACUGGCCUUGUAGAGAAAUGGAUGAGCUGGUGCAAGAUCUAGUCUCUGCUCUGGAGGAGACUUCUGAGCAUACACGAAAGUACGUAAAUUUUGAAGGUGAAGCCUCCCGUAACUCAGCUUCAUGCCUACUGAUGCGACAGACCAGGAAAAGGAAAGUCAGGAAGAGGCGUAUGGACAUUGGACCUCAGUGGUCUGAACAUGGCCACUGCAUGAGUGACGUCUCUGAAUCUAGUUUGGAGGGGACAACUCGUGACAACAGAGAAAAUAACAAUUACAGUGAUUCAGAUGACCACCUUACAGUUACCAAACGUCUGUCCUCCCUGAAUAUGACAGCAGUCAGAGGAAAAAGGCACUCCUGGCAUGAGUCGGACUCCAUCACAGACAGUAACUUAGCUGGUAGAUGUUUGCGAAGGAGAACGAAGGUCAAACGUAUGGCUGUAGAUUCACCAGCAGAGGUCACUAAUACACUUCACCCACUGACCCAGGGCAAAGUUCUAGCAACAACCUCAGAAAGAUGCCAGACAGAAACAAACCAGCUCCAUUUCCAUCUCCAAGUUCAGGAGAUAACCAAGGAUAAGAUCAUCAAACGAAAGCGACUUGAAGUCCCAGAUGAAGGAGUUGUUGUGGAAAGUGAAGAAGUAUGCAAUACAAAUAGAGACAAAAUGGAGAAUGAGGAACAGAAAGUCUCAGAUGAUAGUAUGAGUGACAGUGAAUCCAGCAGCCUUAGCAGCAGUGAUGGUGGCUUGUUUACCAAUGAUGAAGGAAGGCAAGGUGAUGAUGAACAAAGUGACUGGUUCUUUGAAGGGGAUUCUGGUGGAGCAUGUGCUAUUGCAGGGGUCAUUCCUUGGUGGGAGCAUGAGGACGUCCUGGACCUGGAAAAGGAAGUGCCAGAUCCGGUAUUUAAGAGCAUCUUAACAGGCACAUUCCCUCUCAUGUCGCAAACAGCUCAGAGAGGUUUUCAAACAAGACUAUCCCAGCUAUCUGGAAUGGGAAAAAGAAAUGGCAGAAAGGAGACUAGGAAGCUUCCCACAAACAUUAACAACCAUGAACCUGGCAGUAAUGAGAGUCUCAUCCAGUUUUCCCAGGAACCCCAUCACCAGGACCUUUGGCUUUGCCCUACAGCCAGUGAGGAGCACAGCCAGUUUGGAUACCAACAAGAAGUCCAUAAAGACAGAACAUCCAGAAAAAGCAACAGAUCACAAACAUCUGCAAGACAAACAAACGCUCACUUUGGAUCACUGUGCACAGGAGAUAUCAAACGCAGACGAAGAGCUGCCCCUCCCCCUGGACCCUUGGCUGCAGUAUUUGUAGGUGAAAAUGCCAGCCCUAUUCCAGAAACCAACAUUGGUAGUCGGAUGCUUCAGACCAUGGGAUGGAUUCCUGGCACAGGCCUUGGACCAAAUGGCAAUGGGAUUGCUGAACCUAUGAAAGCUUUAUGGCGACCAAAAGGGGUUGGACUUGGCUUCUGCUGACAGACAGUUAUUCAAUUUAAUGGAAACUAUACGCAUAUCAUUCGAAGUGACUUCAACUAGCCUUUGCUCAAGAAAGCUCAAAACAUCUAUUUCUAUAGUGACAAAUGGACAUCUCAAUAAUGUGAUUAUUAAUUGUUUUGAAAUCAACACAUGCUUUUUUCUGAUCAGAGUUAAUGUUGAUGUACUGUAUUAAUUAUAAUUGAGGAUUCCAGAUAUUAGGAAGUGAUUUUCAUUGUUGUACAUCAAUACACAAGUUCAAAGUUUUUGCAGGUACUAAUUCUAUCUCAUCCAAAGUGUGGUGUCUGAAAGAAGAGGCAACAGAUGUGAAUUUAUUGUGAAAUUUGGCAGUGCAAUGCCUCUUCCAAUACCCAUGAUAUGAAUAUCUCUGUAUGAUUUGUAAGUUUGUUAUUAUGUUACCACUGCUGUGCUUCAAUUGAAAAGAUGAUGAAAUAGAUGUUGAGAAAUGUGAUAACAGUUCUGCAACAAGCAACUCGGACCUAGCAGUUCAGAAAUGAUUUUCAGUGGCUGCAUACUAUCUGUAAGCCUUUUGUUUUUGUUCAAGUAAAUUUAUUUUAAAUUCAACAUUCGAUUUCUUUAAUGUCCAAAAAUAUUAUGUAUGUUCUCCAAAACUGAAAGGACUUUAUUAACAUAACAAAAUGUCAUUGAAUAGAUCCCAUAGUAUUAAAUAUAUCAUUUUCUAAAAUACAAUUUAUCUGAGAUUCCAGUUAGUGUGUAGAUAUCAGGUUUUUUAAUGAAAUAUUCUGUCUUGCUAUAUCACUUACACUUAAAAAUAAGCCAUGUAUUGCCGUGACAUAAGCUCUUAGUGCUGAGCCACAUUUGGAUGAACAGUGAGUAUUGUUGUGAUAAUAAUCAGAAUCAAAAUCAGGUUUAUUAUCAUUGACCUGUCAUGAAAUUUGUUAUUUUGUGGCAGCAGUAUAGUGCAAUAUGUAAAAAAACUAAAAGUUACAAAUACAAAUAUUAAAGUGUAAAAAAAGAACAAGAUAGUGAGGUAAUGUUCAUGGGCUGUUCAAAAAUCUGAAAGCAAAGAAACAACUUUCAUGCUUUCAUCUAUUGAAAGAAAACCAGGGUACAGCAGAUUACUAAACUUAUGAUUGAAUCAGGUUAAUGUACUAAGUUUUAGUAAACAGAACUGGUUUAGUAUUUGUUCUCAGAUUGUCUUUCUAAAACCUUAAUGCAAUUUAGCCUCAGCAUUUUACAUACAUAUUGCCUCCCAUCUCUCUAAGCAGGCACUUGAUGGCUCAUCCAUCCAUUACUUUCUUCUGCAGUUUGUAGCAAAUAACCUCCUUUAAAUCUCUAUAUGGCAUUAAAUUUAAGAUAUAUAUUUUUUUAAAUAUGAAUGCCUGGUAACCAUCUAAGUACCACUAAUCAUUUUUGCUCCUAUACAGAUGCUGUCCUAGGGUUGAGAGUUGUUAUCUUACUUAGUAUUUUAAGCUUGGACUAGAUAAUUUAUUUUAAAAAGUAUCAUUGUUUGUAUCAAAAUUGUACCCUUCAGUUGAUGGUUUGUUACUUCUAUAGUAGUAGUUACCAGUUGAUGAAGUAUAUUAAACUUCAUUAACAGGCUAGGCAAGCUAGGGCUACUUUUGCCUUUCUUAAAGUAAGCAGCAGUUAUCAUUUGAAGGGUGACUUACAUUACAUUCUAUGUUCUAAUAUGAGAUCAGUGUAAUCCCAUCUAUGUCAAAAGCCUUAAUUGCACAACUCUGCUUCAUGACAAAUCUUAAAACAAUCAGGAACUAUUAGGUCAUUGAGCUGAAGAAUGCAAUAGGAAAGAUAAAGGGAACCUGCUCUCCAUUUUAAAUUAACCUGAGAAUGAGCAUAUUUUUAUUGCUUCAAAAGCUGUCAUUUUGCUUUCUGUGAGAAGUAACAGAUUACUUACAAGCAGUUCUAAUGUACAGAAAUGGCAUCACUGAAGCAUUGCUAAGUACAUUAGAUAUGAAUGGGGAAAAACUGCUUAAAACAAUAUUUAUUAUUAUUAUCUGAAUUUAUAAUUAAAAGGGGGACAAGAAUUAUUGCUGGAAUGGACAAUUGCAUAAUUUACCAAAAUCAGUGUAGCUUGAUUAACAUAUAUAAUUGACAAUUAUAUUUUUCUUGUCCUUUCAAUGUAUUAAAGCAGCCACUGAUCAGAUAUUAUAGCUUACCUCCCACAAUACAAUAAGAGUCAGAUCCAAUUUUAUUAGCAACAGUGUGCUGGAGAGAAGGCUUGGCAUCUUGUAGUUUUGGAUUUGCUGUUUACGUGGAAUAUUCUGAAAAUGACUUUUAACAAUCAAUUCCUGUAGUGCUCAGGGUUCAGUCAAAAAUUACAAUUAACUAUUAUGGGAUUUAUCAAACUUGUGUUUUACGCUGUGUGUAUUUGUACUUGCUUCUAGUUUUAAUGUGCAUUGAUAAAAUAUCCACUUACCACAAAACAAUCUAAGGUUUGAACAAUCAGAUCUACUUUUUUUUUACAACAAUGUUAAUUUUCAGUGUAAUUUCCCUGCAUCAAUUAUUUGAGAGAUUGGUUAUUAGAAUGGCCAGCAGUUUAACUCUGUAUAAAACACCCUGUGAGAUUGGGAAGCUCUUACCUGAUAUUCUAUAAACAGAUAAAUAAAGAACA